GGUAUGCUUCUCUACACAGGCCCUCGGAACAUCAAGCUUUGCAACGUAGGGUCUUUGAAUGGUGUCAUCUGACCAACUUUCUAGCUAUUUUGGUAUUUGGUAGUCUCUGUCUUUGAUAUCCUUCACAGUUGUCUUGUCUUUCCUGGGAGGAUACACACCCUCCUGCUCAUAACCCCUUCGUGACAUCUUUGAUAGAUCCUUUUCGCCACUUCCCUUCACAACGUCUGGGCUUUCAGCUCAACCUUGAGGACAUCUGGUUCCAGCAUGAGUGACAAUAAUUUGAUGGACAAAGUGAGCGCAUUGGGCGAGCGUCUGAAGAUUAGCGGGGCUGAAGUAGGCCGAAAGAUGAGCGCCGGCAUGAGCUCGAUGAGCUUCAAGGUGAAGGAGCUAAUCCAAGGCCCCACCCAGGGGGAUAAGCUUGUCGAGGACGCUACCUCCGAGUCACUCAAUGGACCUGAUUGGGCCCUGAAUCUUCAAGUGUGUGACAUGAUUAAUCACGAGAGUUUCGACCGCGGGGAAGUGAUCCGUGGCAUAAAAAGACGCUUAAAUUCGACGAGCCCCAGGAUCCAAUACUUAGCUCUGGUCUUGCUGGAGACUUGUGUCAAAAACUGCGACAUGGCAUUCUGCGAGGUGGCUUCCGAGAGGGUUCUUGACGACAUGGUCAAGUUGAUUGAUGACCCGCAGACUAUUGUUAGUAACCGGAACAAAGCCCUGAUGAUGAUCGAAGCAUGGGGAGAGUCGGGUCGGGAACUCAGGUACCUGCCUGUUUAUGAAGAGACAUAUAAGAGCUUAAAGGCCAGGGGCAUUUGCUUUCCGGGUCGUGAUGAUGAAAGUUUGGCACCUAUUUUCACUCCACCCACUACAGUCAUGGAUUCAGAACCGGAUGUUACCCUUGCCCGACGUGCGCAACAUGAUUCGUGCAUUCCUACUUUUACUGCUGAGCAGAUCAAGGAGGCACUUGAGGUUGCCAGAAACAGUAUCGAGCUUCUUGCCGCAGUUUUAUCCUCCUCACCGAAACAAGAUGUUUUACAGGACGAGUUGACAACCGCACUGGUGGAGCAGUGUCAUGAAGCUCAACACAAAGUGCAGAGAAUCGCGGAGACAGCAGGAGAUGAUGAGGCGGUGCUCUUCGCAGCCUUGAAAGUGAACGACGAUGCCCGGAGAGUCUUCUCCAAGUAUGAAGAGCUGCGGGAACCAGUCACGGCAGCUCCGACGCAGCUAGGACCAGAACCUCUGAGCUAUAGAAGGGGGAGGGAAGGGAGGCAUGAGGACAUGACGGACGAUCUGGACGAGAUCAUAUUUGGUAAGAAAGGCGGGGGUAGAUCUGAACCAAAGCAAGACGACCUCAUUUCCUUGUGAGGCGCGACAGAGUUGCCAUUCCACUUCUUGAUUCGAGGAUGGUAAAGGCGACAGAAUGGUGACUACACUCGGUCCAACUUACAAUGGGUUGCACAAUUCUUCUUUGUAAUUCUUGCUGUUGACUUCUUGGGAGAUUUAUGGCGUCCUCGGAAUUUCAAAUUGAGUUUUGCUUUUGAACAUGGCAUUGGACCCGUUAAAUGGUCGGGAGUCAGGUCAAGUCGGCUAAAUUAAUUCAUUUAACACGUUUUUGCUUA